ACUAGGAGAAAAUGCCUAGCUAAUUUUGUUAAUUGUUUUUUUCGUGAAUAUAAUUCACAGUCACCACAUGCGGUGGUGACAAUACGGCAUCAGUCCGUAAUAAUAAAUAAAUAAAUAAAUAAUAUGAUACAGAUGCCCAUAGAGGCGGCUAAAUUAGGGCGGCUAAAGGUUAGGCGGCUCUUUUAACAGACGGCUGAGAGAGAAAGAGAGUAAAAUAAGAGAAUCGACGAAAGGAUGCAAAAAAAAGAGGAUGGCGAAAAACGACGCGGGAAUUCUGGUGUUGGCUCUCAAGGAGAAAAGAAGUGUAGAUUGUGUGGAAUAAAGUUAACCGUUAUAAAUCAAAUAAUAAAUAGUUUUUAAUUUGUAGAAUAGUUGUUUCACUAGGAAUCGAGUUUUCACCCGAGAAAACGGAAAUGCUUAUUUGCUCGUUUUUCUAUGACACCGAUCGAAAUAAACGUAAAAAUUUGGUGAACACUAAAUUUGAUAUACUCCUGUAUAACAAAAAGAUAUUCAUUGCCAGAACUUUCCAAAACCUAGGCGUUUGGUUUGAUAGCAAGAAUGUGUGGAGGUCACAUAUUCAUUAUCUUGUAAAAAAAUGCUCCAGAAGAAUCAAUUUUCUCAGAACGAUUACCGGAUUCUGGUGGGGUGCGCACCCAUCAGACAUCCUUAAGCUGUACAAGACAACGAUACUGUCCGUCUUGGAAUAUGGAUGCAUUUGCUUCCAUUGGGCAGCCAAGACGCAUCUGAUACGCCUAGAACGCAUCCAGUAUCGUUGUCUGAGAAUCACAUUGGGCUGUAUGAAAUCAACCCAUUCGAUGUCGCUCGAAGUGAUGUGUAGAGUGAUGCCGCUAGCGCUCCGUUUUGAGCUACUCUCGCUUCGCCUUCUCAUACGCUCUACUGUCUCAAACCCAUCGAUAAUCGAGGAACUUCAACACACUGCAUGAGAUAGGAUCUAAAUGCAAAAUCAUGAACACAUAUCAUGAUUUUACCUCUUUACAGGUACACCCUAGCAGUCCACAAAAUGUAAAUCGUGCCAGCUUGCCAGGGUCCUGCAGUUCUCGUUUUAUAGUAGAUACCUCUUUAAAAGACUAUCUCCGAUAGUCUUCGCAGGACGACAUUUCCCAGCAUUUUGGUGGAAAAGUAUGGCCAUGUGAACCGAAACCAAUUUUAUACAGACGGUCUCUUUUUGAUGGGCUUAUCCUACCUCACGAGCACAUGCAUGCCCCACAAUCUCUCUGCAUGGCUCGGUGGCAGAGUAUGUGGGACACAGAUGAGCUUGGGAGGUUUUUAUAUUCGAUCACUCCCCAAGUUAGCUUGAAGCCCUGAUUCCAAGGCAUCUCAGGAGAUCGUGCGUUCAUUCGAAUGAUGUCUAGGCUUAGGUCUAACCAUUUCGCAGUGGGUGCGCAUCUCCAACGUAUAGGACGGGCCGACUCCAAAGCAUGUGGCUGCGGCCUCGGAUAUCAUGACAUAGAUCAUAUUCUAUGGUCUUGUCUGGAGUACGAGGCAGCACGACCCUCCUUAUUGGACGCAGUUCGGGACAUCGGCAGAACGCCCAACGUUCCAAUUCGAGAUCUGCUGGGGGGCGGGGAUGAUGCCUACCUGAGGAGUUUUUUUUAGUUCUGCCGAGCGAAUGGUAUUGUAGUUUAGUACCUUACCUCUUUUCCUUCCACUCCUACUGUUUGUCUGUUAUAUGUGUUGUAUCUCGCUUGUGUGUAUGAUGAUGAAUGACUGAUUGAAUGAAUGAAUGUAUGAAUGAGUGCGAUGAUAGAGGGGCUUGGUAUGGCAUAGGAGGAAUAUCCUGGAUGAUCCAGGACCAAAAGUUACACCGUUGCAAAGGCGUGUUGCAACGGUCAAUCAGUGCUGACACAGAUUUCAGAUUGGCGGGAAAAGUAGAUAAACAUGAACCUAGUGUUGCGCAUGUAGAAUCACAAUUCUUAGGGGUUCAACAGGAAAUGCAUGUUAAAAGAGGUCUUAACAAUCAACCAUUGACAAAAAUAACAAAAAACAAAAAAAUUAAACCUUGUACAUGGUAUUCCAAAUUUUUAAACCACUGACAUUAAAUACGUAACUGCAACCAAACGAAAAUCUAAAAACAUUAAGAUCAAACCUGUUCCAAAAAUUAAAAUAUCAUGUCAAAUCAUCGUAUUAAUGAAUCUGCUUUUUCUUUCAGCUCUAGCCAUGGAAAGUAACACUAGGGGGUUAAUCGCGUAUGAUUGCGCAAAUAAUGAUGUCAAUAUAACAAGUUACUCCUUAAUCAAAGUUGCCUCUUGUAUGCCACAAUCCAAAAACGUAACCACCAUUGAAUCAAAAAUCCAAGUAUUACAACGAAGUCCAAAAACGUUAAUACACGUUAAUCAGUGCAAGGUAAUAAUUAAAAGAUCAAUUAAAUAUUGCGGCGCUUGGUCUUAUACCUCUGAUUAUGAAAACGGCUAUGCGUUACUUUAUGGUAACGACGCGAUCGUUGGAGGACGACACGCGCGCCCAUUGUCAGCUUGUGCUACCGGCCGCGAGGGGGCGUGUUGCUUCGGACGACAUCGGCGGACGGACCCGAAGCGAAGGAUGACGUGGUCUGGCGUGACGAUCGAUAGAACGAGCGAAAACUCUUUCUUUUUAAUCCUGACCAGUGAGCCAAGCGGACGAAUUUUUAGUUUCGUUAAAUAAAGUAUACUAAAGAAUCCACUCGCCUUUUUAUUGCUGGUCAGGCGUUGCAAUUCGCAAGAGUUAUGGGUAUAUAGUUAAAACAAUUUCGCCGCAAGCAUGUAAACAAGCUUAAAUAUCAAGGGAAAUUUCACUCACGAUUAAUCAUAAAAUAACAGAAAUUAGUCGUAAUCAAACAAUAAGAUGUAAAACACUGGUAGAAGGAAGUAUUGUAAUCGGCAGCGUCAAGGGCUCAUCGUGCAUCGAAGGGACGUCCACCUAUACUUGGGAGAACGCAUUGGUGUAUUACGAGUUCGAAAUCAGCCUAUUCGACUACACAGCAUCAGCGGACAUCGAAGACGACUAAAUAUUAAUGAGAAAUGGUAUUACGUGUCCAUAUAGUGCCGAUUGGUGUCUCAACGCAGAAUACGGAUACCUCACUUGGGAGGUAGAUCAUCAACGGAUGGGCGAAAGAACCGAAUUUGAGAUAAUAUACGAGGGCACAGUAAACAAGACGUUUGACAACGAUAAUGCUAACGGUUAUAAAAAUGCUGUAUACACCCUAAUAACAAAAGAACAUAUGUUUUCCAUAAGGGCCCGUGACAUAAAACAAAUUUGCGGCUUCGACAGCUACGUAAGCGAUCACCCGAGAAUCUUCAUCCUGGAAUUAAACGGUUACCAAUCACCGUUCAAACGCAACGCGGUAAAUGGGAGAAACAUGGAUCUCUUUACCUAUUUUAACUACAAAAUAACGCUAGUACAAAGUUAUCUAGGGCAAAAACUGAAUGACGUUUACGCAACAGUGAUGACAGAAAUGUGUAAAAUAGAUAAAGCGCUAAUGGAAACCAAACUAGCGCUUGCACGCUCUAACCCCAGCGAAUUCGUUUCAAAUCUUGUAAAACGCCCAGGUUAUACAGCAGUAGUCGCCGCGGAAGUAUUGUAUAUUCUCGAAUGCAAACCAGUACUCGUUACUUACGAUAAAAAAAAUGAUUGCUAUCAGGAAAAACCAGUAAAAUAUAAAAAUUGCUCGAUGUUUAUGGCACCAGUAACGAGAAUGUUACAACAAAGAGGAACUCAAAUCGACUGUUCUCCAAUAUUACCUGCUAAAUUUAACAUUGGAGGAAGGUGGUAUACCACUGAUCACAGAUUAAGAGAAACAACCCCUCCACAAGAAAUAACAUCGGACAUAGUUGCAACCUGGACAUAUAUACCUUUACCAAAUCUGAUGGAAAGUGGAGUCUACGACUACGAAAAUCUGCAAAAAAUUAAAGACAUAAUAUACGAGCAAAGUAAUACGAGAAUAGCAUCAUCUGUAAUUCAUAGAGUAAUAACGGUUCAACAACCAAAUCUACAAGGCUUCUCAUUCGAUACCUUAAUUUCGGAAAAAAUCAUUCACAAUGCCUUCGAAAAGUAUUGGUCCAAACUCUUAUCAUGGUCAACAUGGUUAGGAAAUAUUACUUCAACGACGAUAGGCAUCUAUAUUAUUACCAAAAGUCUCAAGUUCAUAAUCGAUACCAUUAUACAUGGAAGAAUACUGUACCACAUCUACGGAAUUGGAUUGCAAUUACUAGCUUCAUUUUGGGACUCUCUUACAAAUCUAUUAUCGCAUCAAAACAAUAUGAUGGAACAUCGAACAGACAACGCCUAAAAUGAAACAUCUUCGAUCAACAAUCAACAUUUACAUCGUCUGCCUAACACCAAAACCGGCCUAUAUCCUGACACAAGUAACGAAAUGAUGAAUCUUCAAACAGAAGGACGUCUACAAACACCAGCCCAAUCUACAACUUCUGCAGCCUCCGUUUAAAUCGAGUGAAAUCAACUAGGGCAUUACAAUCUUAACAUUUAAGUAAUUAUACGUCACAUGUAUUUGGUAAAACUAGUCGUUUUACGAGGGCCGGAAUGUUACGAACGCGACGAAUCAAACUAAAGUUAACGACAUGCGAAGGUUAGAUAAACAACUUUAAACAUCUUUCACUUUGGAAUAAAACCUUGCAAAAUAAUAUUACUUUACAAAAGAUCUAAAUUUACAGAUGGCGACCUCUUACCAUGAGAAAACGAAAGUAUUGUGCGUUAUUGGAAAUAUCGGAAAAGGGACUUGUAAUCCAGACCUCAACGAAGAAGCUUGUGUUUCAUUGUUAGGGUUUCCAUACAGAAUCCGGAAAGUUUCACCUUUGCCUUCCCUCCGGAUGCUGGUCCCGCACUUUGAUGUCUUCCCACUCCGUCGGAACAAUUAGGCGAAAAUAAGCCAAACAAGAACCACGGGAGAUACCUCUCCUGGUUAUCCAGGAAAAAAGGUCCUGAUUUAAGCAACUCAAGGCCAGGAAUCUGUGCGGAGAUUUCCCGAAUCGAUCACUCCUUCGCUUGGUCGACUCGGAUUAACAACAACGUUUGUAUGUUCCCUUAUCUCUGCGCAAGCUUACAUUCCAAGGGAUCCACAAUAACUCACCGACUGGUAUUCGGGCUACUAGAAAGCUUAUAACCGAUCGUUAUUUCUGGCCAUCCAUGAACAUCCAUGAGUGGACACGUGACUGUAUUGGAUGCCAAAAGACCAAAAUAACACGUCAUACUCACUCGCCAUUCGAAACUUUUGACAUUCCGAAAGGCAGGUUUGAGCACAUCCAUGAUCAUCGUUGGUCCUCUACCUCCUUCGGAAGACAUGACAAGAUGGCCAGAGUAUUACCCAAUGGCAGAUACGCCAGCAGUUACCAUCACAAAAACAUUUGUCGACAAUUAUGUCUCGCGUUUUGGAUUCCCUGAAACCAUCACAACUGACCGUGGAAGACAAUUUAUCUCAAAACUGUUUCAGGAGCUAACCAAGCUCCUUGGGGCCCAUCACAUAAAGACCACAGCAUACCACCCACAAUCAAAUGGGAUGGUCGAAAGAUUUCACCGACAAGCUAUCAUGGCAAGUGAAGACUCCAUGCGAUGGAUAAGACGAUUACCAUUGGUUUUGUUAGGUAUCAGGCUGUCUUUUAAAGACGAUAUCAAGGAAUCGCCAGCAGAGAUGGUAUACGGCCAGAGCCUUAGGCUCCCAGCUGAAGUAUCUGUACCAUCCUCUAAAAAUAACUCAGAAGAUCUCCCUGACUUUAUUGUCACUCUGUAAAUGGCAUUUCAAACUUUGAAGCCUACAGCCACUACACAAAAAACUUCGACCACUCCCUAUGUUCCCAAAAAUCUAAAUGAUUACGAACAAGUUUUUGCACGAGUGGACAAAGUAAAAACUGGACUGCAGGCUCUUACGAAGAACCAUUCGACGUACUUCGGCGUUUCAGAAUUUUUUUCGUAAUCAAUACAAAGGGAAAAACCAGUCUAUCUCAAUAGAUCGCCUGAAUCCAACAUCAAUCAAUUUCACAUCAAUUUCACCUCGUGACUCCUUCACUGGUGGUGGAGAUAGAAUUAAGGUACUAAGGACAUGCGGUCCUUAGCUCGUCCUUUGUUUUUGGCUCUCUGACCGUUGUAGAGAUAAGACGUGAAAGAAUAAAUCAAAUUGAUAACGUGACGCCAAUACGUUGAAAGAUAAUAACGUUGAGGGUAAAGUUGACGACGAGGUUGGAGAAUCCACAGCUGCCCAUGUCUGCAAAAUCUAUUCAAAUAUUGGUGAGUGCUUAAGAAAUUGGGCUGUCGUGCAUAAUCAACCACGUUCAUCAGUUAAUGAAAUUUUAGAUAUUUUCAGAAAAUGGACCAGUCUUCCGCUCCCCAAGGACUCGCGAACGUUGUUGAUGGAAACAUCAACAACCAUCGACCAGGAGAUACGGACCGUACCAGGAGGAGAGUUUUGGUACAAAGGAAUUGAAAAUAAGCUCAACAGUUACUUUCAGUCAAAAGCUCCGUCAACACAUGUUAUUUCAAUUCAGCAUUCCAUAGAUGGGUUUCCUCUUCAUAGAGGGGGACUGUCAGAGCUGUCAAAUGACAGCUGGCAAUAAAAGUCAGUCGGAGAUUGAAGCGCAAGCAGAACACACGUGUGGUUUCCUCUUGUUCCGAAACACAACAGGGACCAAUGCAAAUUUGGCCCAUCUUAGUGAAAGUUGAACAGAUGCCCAAUGCUCCGAUUAUGAUGAUCGGAAUGUUCUGUGGGCCGGCGAAACUUGAAAGUUUGGAAGUUUUCCUGAGGCCGUUGGUAGAAGAGGGCAAACAAAUCCAUGAAAGAGGAUUGCAGAUUGGAGAGGAAGUACGUCAAUUAAAAAUUCGCUCUAUAAUUGCAGAUUCACCUGCGCGGGUUUUCAUAAAUGGUAUGUAUGCAACAACCUACUUUAAUGGAUACCAUGGCUGUAUGAGAUGUACAUGUGUACGAGUAUAUGUGGCAAACAAAAUUGUUUUCGACACAGUUGGUACUCCCCUAAGAACGGAUACAGGAUUUCGAGCGAGGGAAUGUCCGGGCCAUCAUCAAGCAUGACGGACUCCGUUAGAAGAAUUAACGGAUUUCGACUUGGUUGAAAACGUACCCACGAGUGACCGCCUGCAUACAUGUGAUCUAGGGGUUACUCGCCAACAUUUGUUGAAUUUGAUUGAAAAUAAGUUUCCUAAUAUUAGAUUACCUUUUUCAGCUUUACAAUGGAUAACACAAUGUCUAACCAAAGUGCAGCUUCCCUCUUAGAUUCAUCGCAAACUCAGAGGGUUGAAUGUAAUUCGUUUUUGGAAGGGUACAGAAUUUCGCACGUACUUGCGUCAGUCCAGUGCUGAUGGAGGAGAUUUUAAGCAGGGAAGCAUAUUGUCAUUUUUUGCUGUACUUUUGUGCCCUGACAAUAUUUUCUUCUUCGUUUCAUCGACCUCAUUAGGAACGUGCAGCAGGUUUUUUAAAUUCCUUUGUUAAAAAAAUUGGGGAGAUUUAUGGUCGGGAGCAUCUUUCCAGUGACGUCCAUAAUCUCCAACACAUUGUACAGGAUGUUUAUCAGUACGGACUUCUAGAUGAAUUUUCAACGUACUGGUUUGAAAAUCACCUGCAGAUUAUUAAACGAUCGGUUCGAUCAGGCUUUCGGUGCGGUGUGCAAGUGGCGGCACGCGCAGAAGAACGAUCUGCUAUUGAUGUGGCAAGUAAAAGCUCAAAUCAUCGCUACCCUCGCUUGACUACAAAUGGCAAAGUAAAUUUAUUUUUUAGGAGGGGCUCAAGAACACCAUCCAUACAAACAAACGAGUUUCCAAAUCCACCGCUGUCGUCCUGCUGGACAUCGAGAAGGCGUUC